GUCAGAUCUAGUUUAUAUCUAGUUGUUCAAAGACUGCAACCUAAAGCUCUCAACUUAACCAUAUAUCAUGCUCUCACGGGUCCUUGGUGGCAUAGCUAAUUGCAAGUGAUAAAGCUCCAGGACAGUGUAUAACUUAAAGAUGCACAUAUCCCUCUACUGAAUCACGGGAACCACGUUUUCAGCAUGCAUCACCAGCAUGUCUACGCUUCUUCUGCAACACCCUUGCAAGCAGCGGACGAUGAGGGCUCGUCGACUCAAGGUUACAUCGCUCCCUGUCUUCUUUCCUCUGCCAGAGUGGUCACUCAGGUGGACUUCUAGAGCUCCUUCACCGACUGCAAAGCGACCUACACUCGGUCGUAAACGCACACUUUCGCUGGUCGAAAUGCUUCCCUUUGCCUCAUCGUUCUGUAUUCUUGCUGCUCUCGCCUGCGGCUCUUUCGCACUACAAAGCUCUCCGAUGGUUUCCAGUAUUUCUGAUGUCAGCAGCUCAAGAAUAUAUACGAGUGCUAUCUCGAGUGUCAUAGCUGCAGUGACACCCAUGUUGGCUUUAAUCUACUUCUGUCCACUAUACCUUCUGUAUCGGCACUCGAAGCGGCACCCAAGAUCUAUCAAUAAGAUAUCUGGUGCGCGAGUUCAGCAGUAUGGUCCACUUGUGUAUGUAUUCUUGCUGGCCAUUAGCCUGGCAGAAGUUGCAGAUGCCACUUGGUUAUUACUGCAAUAUCGCUUUAACAACAACGCACCUGAUCCCAUUACCCGUCAUGGUGUACGCUUUCUCUUGUUUUCAGCUUGUUGGACAACUGUGACCUCAGGCACAUACACUUUGUUCUUCCUCGAUCCCUUGUGGUCCAAACGUCCAAUUGCGUCUAUAGGCACGCAGGCGAUCUGGGUGCUCGUGACAUGGGUAUUCUGGGUUGCAGGAGCAGGUCUAUUCAACAAGUCACUUCCUCGCUUGUUCCUGCGUGGUUCAUGCGAUGGCGUAGUCUAUUGCGGUCAAUUGCAGACGCUCUUUACUUUUGCGGUUGUUCAGAUCCUCACCUUGACCUUUGGAAUGCUUGUGAUUACCUGGCUUGUCUGGCAAUCAGCUCGCAGUAUUCGCUAUCCGAUGGUCAUCCGAGUUGCAUCUGCCACAUAGUUCUGGCGAGUGACUUUGUGCACAUGAGCCAACGAGUUACUGAUCGCCGCGUUGAACGUUCCUGGGCGACUUCCGCAUUACCCCCAUAAGUUGGGACAUAGAGGCUGUUUCGUAUCAUAGUCAAUGACUGCUGUAUUAUGUGGGCUCCGGUACAUAGGUGACAGUUUGUAGACACCUACUACUACUCAUGUUGUGAUUCAUUCAAAUCUACUCAGUUCUAC